AUGUAUGUUGAUAGUACAAGUAUUACGGCGAAAGGUUGGUAUAAGAAGGGUACUGGUUAUUACGAUCCAUGGAUAUGGAUUGGUGGAAUAAGCAGUAUAAAACCCACGGAUAUAGACAAGAAAAAUAUAAGCUGUGACAAAUGGACGAAGCUAAAUGAAGUAUUCAAAAAUCAUGGUUGUUCUACCUUGGGAAGCUGUCCUCAAAAUCUUACGGUUACCAAUCCAACUAGAUACCAAGGAGAACCCGAUGAAGAAACUGAGAGAAAAAAGGCAUUGGAUCAACUACAAGCUGAACAAAAAAAGGAAAAAGAGGAGUUAGCCAAAAGGAUUGCUAAUGACGAUGAUGAUCUUAAACCUCAACAGCGAUCUAUUCAACAACCUCCUAUUUCUUCCCCUACUCUUCCUGAUUCUGGCCAACUUGCUACUGAACUGCUCUCUCCUGAAGGUUCUCCUCCUGCCCCUGCAGCUGUACCUUCAGCACAACCUCAAAUACAACUUCCACACAAAGUAACCAUUAAGCUCUCAGAAAAGCCAGAGGGAAACCCUCAUACUAAAGAAUAUAAAGGAAGCUCUUCCAGUGACAAGUUAAUUAAGGUCGAACUGACUUCCUAUCCUGAGAAGGGAUUUACACAGGACUUCCUCAAGUACACUCAUUCUCCAGAAGAUAACAAACCAUUCAAACUUGCACAAGUACUAGAUGAUCGGAACCAAACUGUGAUUAGAGCCAAUGGAGACCAUAUUACCUCCGUUGAAGCCUAUUACUGGACUGGUAAUACUGAGAAGGCUCUCCUUGUGGGUGUUACUGCUAAUUCAGGGACAACAUACUAUAGGAACAGCAGAAAUAGUACAUGGACUAAACAUAAUAUAAAGUCCGAUGGUAAACCUACUAAGGAGGAGUUAGACUUGCUCAAUUGUGAGAUUAACGGUGUAGUUCAAAUAGAUGUUACAAACAUCCCCGAUUAUGAUCAUACAGAAACAACGUAUUGCCAUAAUGAUCAAGAUACUGUGGAUAAGCACGUCAAGAAGAAAGUCAAGGUUAGUGAGAUACCAGGUUCUUCCAAACAUCUUGGAAACUAUACUGCCUAUUCUCAUACUCCAAAUCCUAAGACACACUAUGGAAUAAACCUAAAUACAUUCAACAUAUCUUGCUUUACCAAAAACGAUAAGACUAUAACAUUAAGUGGUCUGCACUUACCUAUAAUGGGUGCUAAUAAAGUUAUUGUUUAUUUUUGCAAGGGCGAAGUCAAUGUUAUUCGUUCUUCCGGGAAAUCGGUGAAUAAUCCUCUUCUCAUCUAUUUACCAAAUUCCGAUCAGGGAGAACGCUGGUUUAAGAAACAUUACAGUAGUAAUGAAUGGAUACCAGUUGAUCAACUUAAUGGAAAGGAAUGCUUUGAUAACGCAGUUGUUGAUUUUUUAGACACUCUUGAGAGUAUAUGUAGGCCACCUGAAGUAACUAUCAACAUUUAUAACAGAACUAUAGGGAAUACAUACGCCUAUGGAGAUGAUUUUGGAAGAUGGAUUACAGUAAAUGGCGGUGAGGUUGUUGGUGCAUCUGGUUUUAUUGAGUACACUCACACAAUAUCCGGGAGUACUAGCUACUUUACACUCCAGAAUGUAAAUUAUACUGAUAAACCUACUUCUGGAAUUUUGGAUAUAACCUCUAAUAAAUCUCUAAAGUACGUUGACAGAGUGUCUGUUUACUACUGGAGACCAUUGGAGGAUCCUGCAAGGAAGGGUAAUCCGGAUGAAAGGGGUAGACCACUUAUCAUCAAAGUCACAGCUCAUACACCCGGAGGACCAGAGAAGAGCACUUACUAUGAGAACGCUGGGACAGGAACUACUGACAAUGGUAAGUGGAAGUUGUGGACUCCACUAGGAUUUCCUCUAAGGCCAAUGGAAUUGGAAAAUAAACUUGAGCUUCUAAACUGCGAUCUAAAUCAGGUUGUAAGCAUAGAUGUUAAUAAAACUAAAGGGUCUUAUUGUGGUCAUCGACAUAAUGUUCAUAAAAAGGUAUCUGUCUCUCAGGUACCGGAUCCUAACAGUCAAUUUGGAAGAUAUAAAGCCUUUGAGCACAUUCCAAAUCUGAAGGCCUAUACUGGAAACUCAGGCAGCACUCAUACAUUUCACAUAUCAGAGUUUACAAGUGGGCAGGAUAAAGCGCUUACCGGUUUACCAACGCCUCUUAUAGAUGUCUCUUCUAUUACGGUCUACUUCUGCGGUAAGGAUACUCGUAGCGGUAGAGGUACCAAUCCCCUCCUGAUAUACAUAGACUCUAAUGAUCCUAGGAUUACUGGUAAUAAGUGGUUCCAGAGUGAUGAUAGAGGAAUGACUUGGAAGCCAGUAGAUUUUCCUCCAUCUAAUGAUCAGACUUAUGAAACUAUACUAGACAUUCUUGAUAAUGUUAGGAAUGAAUGCCAACCUCCAUCUGUUACCGUAGACAUUUAUCAUAGAGAUCUUGGAGGACAUACAAAAUAUUAUGAAUAUGAUAGCGGAUCAAAAAGAAAGAUUCUUGUAAUGUAUGUUAGGGAUAAUUCACCUGGCUUCACCGAGUAUCGACAUGCCAUUGCUGGAGGGAUCCCCUUCACUGUAAAUGAAUUCCGAUAUAAUAAACCUACAACAGAAGGAUUAGAAAGUCCAAUGUAUAGAGUUACAACAGUAUCCGUCUUCUAUUGGACUGCCUUGGAAGAUACCAAGGAUGACCAGGAAAGGAACAGACCCCUCCUUGUCAAAGUAACUACCAUAGAGCCUACUUCAAAAUUAAAGAAGGAAAUUUACUAUGAGAAUAAGGGUAUCGAUGGAGAUUUGAACUGGGUACCUACUUCUGUAGAUACAGGUAAUCUUGAGAAGAAACUUCGUCUCCUAAACUGUAAACUAAACAGUGCAGUUAUAAUAGAUGUAGGCAAGACAGGGAACACUGGAUACUAUGAUGCUUGUAAGGAAGAAGAUAAGAAACUGGACAAUGGACAUGCUAGUGACAGGAUGACAGUUAAUAAGGAUCCUACUCCUGGUGAUCAAUCUCUUGAAAACUAUCAGGUUUAUAAGCAUGCUUUAAACAAUGGUGGUGGAAAGUUCCACAUAGUAAAAUUUAUUAAUGGUAAUAAUUCUAGGGAAACUCUCAAAGGAAUAUCACCUUUACCCAUUCUAGAUGUGGAUGUUAUUAAAGUCUACUUUUGUUCAGAGGAUCCUACCAAACCCCUACUCUUAUACUACAAAACUGAAGAUACCCAUAACUGGUAUAAGAGUGAGAAUCCUAGCAGUACCACUGGAUUGUGGGUAUCUGCAGCAUCCAAAUUAUCCAAUACUGGAUCCACCGACUACAGAGCAAUCAUCUGGGUACUUAACACUAUUAAUAGCCCCUGUGCUCCUGCUAAACCUACUUCCUCUACUUCUAAAGAUCCUAAAGCUGAUGGAUCCCAGUCUACUCCUACUGCUUCUGCUAUUGUUGCUGAAUCUGGACUUGCUACUCUUGGUAUAGGAGCCAUCUCUGGCAUAUCUUCUGGUACUCUUGCCGGAUCCGCUGCAACCUUUUUUGGAGGAUGGAAACUUUAUAAUCGCUAUAAAGGAGACCCUUGGGUUAGACAAAUAUGA